AUGCAACAAUCCCAGUACAGUAAAUAUCAGUCGAUCCUUCUUCGAUUCCGUCAAGUGCCCAAAAUUACCCAUUUCUUCAAAAUUGAAGCCCUAGGAUCUAUUGGUGGACGCGAUUUAAAAAAUACCGUUGCUAAUAUUUGCUCAAAAUUAUUCACAAACUCCGUGGCUAAAGCGUACAGUUGGUCAGGAAGAAAGAGUGGAAAAGAUUCACUGGAGAAUACUGUCUUUGCAGAUCUUAUCAUAGGUAGCGUUAAAGUCACUUUUCUGAAUGAAACUGAUGUUAUGAUUAAAGAUGCUGGUUCAAAGUGGAUGGCUCAAGCUACAACUAGAUUUCAGAGAGCACUAGCAAAGGAAAGUACAGAAACUGAUGAUUUAGUGAGUGAAGAAGAAACUGAAGAUGCAAAUCUGCAGGACGAAGCUGAUGACGAAGAAGAAUUUUAA